AUGCCUCGAACCGUCCGCCUCGCCGCCGCCCAAAUGGGCACGACCAACAAAUGGUCCUCGCGCGAAGAAACCCUAAAUCGAAUGAUCGCCCUCCUCAAAGACGCCGCUACCCAAGGUGCAAAACUCGUCCUCUUCCCCGAAAUCGCCUUCACGACUUUCUUCCCUCGGUAUCUGAUUCUCGAUGAAGCCGAGCUGGAAGACUGGUUCGAGCACGGCGAUAUCCUCACUGCGCCGCGCACAAAAGCUCUCUUCGAUACGGCUCACGACCUAGCAGUGGAUAUCAUUGUCGGCUUCGCGGAAGCUACCGACACAGGCGACCACUUCAACAGCUGCGUUUACUAUCACGCCGCGACGGGGUCCAUCCUAUCUAAAUACCGCAAGGUCCAUCUCCCCGGUGACGUGGAACCCCUUCCGGAUCCGAAGGCCGUGAAUCAGCUCGAGAAGCGGUAUUUCAAACCGGGAGAUUUGGGAUUUCAGGCGUUUCGCGUGCCUGGACUCCUCUCCCCAUCACUAUCUCACCACCAAGAAGGUGAAAAGGAUGUAGAUCCAAUCCUGGGGAUGAUGAUCUGCAAUGACCGCCGCUGGGCAGAAUCGUGGCGCGAAUACGGCCUGCAAGGCGUGGAGAUCGUCGCCUGCGGAUAUAAUACCAAUGGUUUCGCUCCGCAGUUCUGGGGUCAGUCGGCGGACAUGAGUCCCCAGGAGGCGGAGGAGUUGUCCCUGUUUCAUCAUAAAUUGGUCAUGCAGUGUCAUAGUUAUACGAAUGCGUGUUUCUCUGUUAGUGCUGCACGCUGUGGACUCGAUGACGGGGAAUAUCCCCUCAUCGCGGGGUCGGGUAUCGUUGACCCUGAGGGGAGGAUCAUUGCUGAGGCGAAGACGAAGGGGGAUGAGCUUAUCAUUGCGGACUGUGAUUUGGGACUUUGUCGCGCGGGAAAGACCCGUACGUUUGAUUUCGGGAGACAUCGCAGGGUCGAGCAUUAUGGGAGGAUUACGGGGCAGACGGGGGUGGUGGAGCCCCCUUUGUCUACGAUCGAGGAUAGGACUGUUCCAGAGAUGAAGGCACAAUCGGAGAAGAAGGGGAAGAUAAGGGUCCUGCUGAUUAACCCCAACUCUACGCCCUCAAUGACAGAUACGUGCAUCUCGAUGGUGAAACCCACCCUCCCUCCGGACGUCGAAGUUGUCCCAUUUACUGCUCCAGUCCCAGCGCCAUCAGCAAUCGAGGGCUCCCUGGAUGCUGUUCUUUCAGCUGCUGCCGCCGCAAGGGCUAUCCUGCCCAUAGCAGAUCAGUAUGAUGCUUUCCUGGUGGCAUGUUUCAGUGACCAUCCGCUUGUUUAUGCCCUGCGGGAAGAAUUAUCUGCCCCGGUGAUUGGGAUCAUGGAGGCCGGGUUGAUGGCUGCGAGAACUGUGGGAGGGAGGUUCGGCGUGGUGGUUACGUCCGAGAGGUCGAAGGUUAUUCAUCGCGAUGCGGUGAGGAAGUUUGGGUUGGAUGGGUUCUGUGCGGGGGUGGAGGCUUGUGGGAUGGGGGUUUUGGAGUUGGAUGGUGCUGACGGUAAGGGGAAUGGUGGGCAGGAUGUGGUUGGGGCGAUGUGUUCUGCUGCGACGAGGUUGGUGAAUAUUGCUGGUGCGGAUGUUAUUGUUCUUGGGUGUGCGGGGAUGAUGAAGUUGAAGGGGGCUGUUGAGAAGUCUGUGGGAGGUGAUGGGGAGGUACAGGUUGUUGAUGGGGUUGUAGCCGGGGUGCAGCAUCUUGUUGGGUUGGUGAGGAUGGGAGUGAAGACGGCGAAGAAGGGUGCGUAUGCGAGUUCGAGGGUGGCCAGGUUGGCGAGGGGGCAGGAGUAUCUUUGA